UGCGACUGGAUAACAAAGACCAUUCGGCGUGGUGAGAAAAAAAAGAAGAAAAAAAUCAAAGAUGGACAUCGAUGAAAAUAUUCAAGAUUCUAACGAAAUAUCAGAACAAGAUGGCGAUAAUGACGAAGAACACCAUGGAGAUGAUAACUACGACAAUCAGAACUUUGAUGGCCAAAAUUUUGAAGGGCAGAAUUUUGAUGGAAAUGGUUAUGACGGAGGCUACGGUGACCCAAUGAUGGAUAUGGGCCAUAAAAUGAACCGUUUUCCAAAUCGGGGACGCGGUGGCUUCAAUAACUGGUCUCGCGGCCCAAGAGGACCACCAUUUAGAGGACCAGGUCCUAGAUUCAGAGGACAUCCAGGAAUGAGAGGCCCUCCACCAGGAAUGAGAGGCCCUCCACCAGGAAUGAGAGGACCUAGAGGUCCACCGUUUGGUCGACCCCCAUUCGAUCCCAAUUUUGGUCCGAUGGGUCCGCAAGGAAUGCCUCCACCUGGGUUUCAUCCAAAUGGUAUGCCUCCACCUGGUAUGGGUCCUCCACCUGGCAUGCCUCCCCAUGGAAUGCCCCCACCCGGCAUGCGUCCACCUAUGAUGCCUCCACCAAAUUUCCCGCCUCCAUUUGGAAUGCCUCCUCCUGGAUUUGGUCCCGGUCCUGGAGCAGGUGGACCAGAACAGGAAUUAUGGGUAGAAACAAAGUCCGGUGAUGGAAAAACAUAUUAUUAUAAUGCACGUACUAGAGAAUCAUCCUGGACGAUGCCAGAAAACUCUAAAAUCAUCACACAAACUGAAGUAGAGGCUAUGGCAACCGCUGCUCAACAAAAUAAUGCUGGUGGUGCCACAGCUUCUCCAGGACCGGCAACCAUUAGCCAGGGACCAACAACUAGCGUUGCACCUACUAGUGUGGCUGAUCAAACCAGCAUGCCUAAUAUCGGAGGAAUGCCACCUAAUUUUAAUCCAGGUAUGAUGCCACCGUUUAAUGCAGCUAUGAUGGGAGGAGGUGUACCUGGUCAAGCUCCACCAGCAGCGGCUAAUGUUAAUGGACAACCAUCUAAUGAUGCUGUGGCGGCCCAAAAACCACCAUCAGCACAGAUGCCACCGAAACCACCAGAGGUAUCUGAAUGGACAGAACAUAAAAAUACAGAUGGUAGAAGUUACUAUUAUAAUUCAAGAACAAUGGAAUCAACAUGGGAUAAACCACAAACUCUGCAAGACUGGGAUGCUAAGAUUGCCCAGAUACAGACCCAACUUCAAGCCCAGAUACAGGCUCAGGUUCAGGCCCAGGCAGCUGCUAUUAAAGCUGAAUCAAGUAAAAACAGCGUCUCAUCAUUAGAUGGAGAGGAGAUGGAGACUGAGGACAAAACAGAAAAUAAAGAAGAGGAAAAGACGGAAGAUGAUCCGAAAACCGAAGAACAGAAAGCUGCUGAUAAAGCUCGACCUGUAUCUAGUACACCUGUCGCCGGUACACCAUGGUGCGUUGUUAAAACUGGUGAUGGGAAAGUUUUCUUCUAUAACCCAAGUACGAGAACAUCUAGGUGGGAACGUCCAGAAGAUCUUGUUGGUCGAGCUGAUGUUGAUGCUAUGCUGAGAAAUGAGCCAGAACCCAAACCAGCUGAGAAAAAAGAAAAUCCAACUCCGAGUGAGGACGAACCACAGGCCAAGAAAAAAAAAACAGAGAAAGAAGAACCAGUAAAAGAAGAUAAGAAAGACAUGCCUAAACAGAUAGAUGUUGGUAAAGAGGCUGCGAUAGAAGCCGAGGUUCAGGCCGCUAGACAAAGAGCCAUCGUUCCUCUAGAAAUCAGAAUGAAGCAAUUCCGUGACAUGCUGGCAGAAAAAGAAGUUUCUGCGUUUUCCACGUGGGAGAAGGAACUACAUAAGAUCGUGUUUGAUCCCCGCUAUCUACUACUGACGUCGAAGGAGAGGAAGCAAGUGUUCGAACAGUACGUAAAGGAAAGAGCAGAAGAGGAGAGACGUGAAAAACACCGGAAAUUACGAGAAAAGAAAGACGCUUUCCGUCAAUUGAUGGAGGAAUCAAAAUUACACGGAAAGUCGUCUUUUAGUGAUUUCGCUUCUAAAUAUGGUAAGGAUGAUCGUUUUAAAGCGAUUGAGAAGAUGCGAGAAAGAGAGUCGUUGUUCAGCGAUUACACGUCUGAUUUACGUCGUAGAGAAAAGGAAGAGAAAUCUAGUCAGAAGGAAAAGACGACGAGUCGACUCAAAUCAGCUCAACUGACAAGUAAACAGGAAGUCACAAAGAAUCAGUUACAAUGCAUUGUGGGACUGACCAUAAAGCGUGUUGCGGAACAAUUGAUCCAUGUUAUUUGGCUCUGUGCCUGGUAUAAUGUUUCUACAUUCAUGUUUUGAUAUCAGACAAAUUAAGCAGACAAAAAGUUUGAUCCUUGCAUUAAGACGAACAUAUUGUUGGGGUUUUUCCUUCGAAAAAAAAACAACCAAAAAAUCAUUAAUUUCCAGAGAUGUUAAUGGAAGCCUGUCUUCUAUUUUGCCAUUGCCACAAAAAGUUUUAAAAAUUCCUAAAAAACAAAAACAAAUAGAAAUUUCUAAAUAUUUUGAAUCCUUUUUGAAAUUUGACCUACCUGUGUAUAACGAAAUAAGAAUUUUCACAAGUUUAUUUGUUCAAGCAACAACUGUUAUGUAUCUUGAAUAUUUUUUAACCGUCACAGAAGGCUUGUUUCUUCUUCCAAAUUGUCAAUUUUAGAGAAAAGUAAAAACUCCAUUGCUAAAUAAAAGCAAUAUUCAAACUGUCUUGAUUAGCCCCGACGGUGCAGAAAAGUAGGAGAUUAAAUCCCCAUUUCAUUUGGUCAUUCAAAAUUAAAUCAGUUAAGCCAAAACUAAAGAAUGAAAAUUCAUGAUUGUGGGAUCUCCAACCUUGACUGUACUGUGAUCGUUUUGAUUAUUAUUAUUGCAGCAUAUUUAUAGUGUGCCCUUUCAUAUAAGGUGCUCAGGAACACUUUACAAAGUGGUGAUGUAAUGAUAUAGAAUUAAAAGCCAAUAUCUUCACUUGCAUUAGUAAUGUAACAAUGACAAUGUUGAAUAGCGGCAUUAUUCAACUGUAAUUUUAGUUAUAUGUGGAAUUAAUUAUUUUUGGCAUAACUCAAUUUAUUUUAUAUUUUUUUAAUCACAAUUUUAAAAAAGAUUUAUUCAGGACAUAGAGCCGUUAAAACUGAAUUAAAGAGUUAAUGCAUGGAAUCAGUAUGACAUAUUUGUCUGCCUAAUUUGUCAGAUUUUCUUUGAAAUCCUAGAAUUUGUAAUUAUUUAAAAAAAUUGAAAAUCAUUGCAUUCAAAUCAAUUGUUUUAUCUUCAACCAAUUACAUACUUCAGAUGAUUUUAAAAAUCCUUUUUCAAUUUAUUUCUUUUCAUUUAUGGGAAAAGUUCUGUCUGUCACCAUUUAUGAAAUUUAUGUAAAAUCUCUUUUUGAAAAAAACUUAAAUAAUGAAUAUAUAUUUAAAAAAAAGAAGAAAUUUUAUAAGAAAUACUGGAACAAAUUUCGAAAAAAUUCUAUAAAGAAAUAGGUGAAUUAUUUGACUUUUAUUGAAUUGAGAGUGCCUUAGAGAGCAGCUCAUUAGCUACAACACUGAGCUAUAUACAAAUUGAUUAUCAUUAUCAAUGGAAUUUUUUUUAUCAUUUAGGCUUGUGUCUGGAUUACUUGGAAAAAUUUCAGAUUUUCUUAUCAGACAUUUGUAUCUGAACUACUUUGAAACAUUUCAGAUUUUCUUAUUAGAGAUUUUACAUAAUUUAUCUUUCUAUUUACCCUUUCUGUCUUACUGUACAAUUAUGAUAAUAUUAAUUAAAGAAGAACAAUAUUAAUUAAUUAUUUUAAUUUCAAACCGUUUUGUUAAAUUGUCUUGUUCUAUGUCCAAAAAAUCAUAAAAUAUAACAUGGCUGUCAAUUUCACAAAGAAAGCUCUUAUUUGUCUUUCAGUGUUAAUGUAUUUUCUAUUUCAGAAAUUUUCCCCCAGAACUUUUGUAAAUCCAUGAAACUAAUUUACGAUAUUUUCUAAUUUCAGUUGAAG